GUGACGUGCCAAAUAAUCGUCAGAUCCAUUUCAUUUCCUCAGAGGCUGAGAUCGACCGACUCGCAGUCACAGAGAGCCAUGGCGGAACCGACGGCGGAAGACAAGAAGCCCUUGAUGCUCAAAAUCGCUCAAAUCUUCGACGACGCUCGGACUUCCAACGCCAGCCACAACCGCAAGCUCAAGGAGCUCUCUGCCCUCCGCUCAAAAACGUCGUCCUCCUCCCUCUUCUUCUCUGCAUUCUGCAAAACUCUACUUCCCCUCUUCUCCUUCCAGAGGCGUACUGCCUCCGCCGAACGCAUUGUCCGGUUCAUCUCCGCCUUUGCAACUGCCCGAGACUCCGGCAAUGUCUCCCAAUCCGACGCUUUCUUGAACGACUUCCUCAGGUUCCUUUUACCGGCGUCCUACGCCGCUAAAAAGACUUCGAGGUCCCGAGCCUGCCAGAUUGUUUCUGAGAUCAUCGUGCAAUUACCAGAUGAUGCAGAAGUGAGCAGUGAUCUCUGGGAUGAAGUAAUAGAUUGUAUGAAGUUGUGUGCGGGGGACAAGGUCCCUGUAAUCCGUACAUGUGCAGUUAGAGCUCUUUCACGUUUUGCAACUGAUUGCGAGAACAGUGAUAUCCUUGAUUUAUUUCUUGAGAUGCUUCCUGUAGAACAAACUGUGGAGGUUCGGAAGGCAAUAGUGUUAUCUUUGCCUCCUUCAAAUGCAACUGCACAAGCAAUCAUUGGUUGUACAUUAGAUGUCAGUGAAUCAGUGCGCAAAGCAGCAUACCAUGUUCUAGCUAGUAAAUUUCCUCUUCAAAGUCUGAGUAUCAAGCAUAGAACAUUAAUUCUUCAGAGGGGACUUGCUGAUCGUUCUGUUGCUGUUUCAAAUGAGUGUCUUAAGUUAAUGAAAGAUGAAUGGUUAAAUAAUUGUUGCAAAGGAGACCCUUUAGAGCUACUCAAGUAUCUUGAUGUUGAGACCUAUGAAUUGGUUGGGGAGUCUGUGGUUUGUGCACUGUUAAAAGCUGGUUUGAUUAAAUUACACGAUGGUGAAAGUAUUCGGCACUACAUAUCAUCUACGAAUGAGAGAAUUGAAGGUGAUUCAACACGUUGCACUCCAAGCAUUCAACUAAUGGAAGCGGAGGUUGCUCUUUAUUGGAGGAUGAUAUGUAGGCACCUGCAGAUGGAAGCACAAGCAAAAGGCUCUGAUGCUGCUUCUACAACGGGCACUGAAGCAACAGUAUAUGCAGCGGAAGCUUCAGACACCAGUGACCUUCUUGAGAAAAUUCUGCCAGCAACAAUUUCUGAUUAUAUAGAUUUAGUCAAAGCUCACAUUGUUGCUGGACCAAAUUAUCGCUUUGCAUGUCGGCAGCUACUAUUGCUUGGUGCAAUGCUUGAUUUUUCCGAUGUUACAAACAGGAAGGUUGCUAGUACGUUUGUGCUGGAAUUGCUGAAUAAGCCUUUUGACCAUGAAGUUGAUGAGUAUGGAAACAUGGUUGUUAUUGGAGAUGGAAUAAAUCUUGGUGGUGAUAGAGAUUGGGCUGAAGCUGUGUUUGGAUUAGCAAGCAAGGUGCAUGCUGCUAGUGGUGAGUUUGAAGAAGUUGUUCUUGGCGUUGUAGAGGAACUUGCUCGUCCUUGCAGGGAAAGAACAGCGGAUUUUCUGCAGUGGAUGCACUGCCUUGCUGUUUUCGGCCUUUGCUUGGAGAAGGCAAGGUCAUAUCAUUGGAUUCAAGGGAAAGCUAUUGAGCCUACUGAACUACUGCAAUCGUUAUUGCUUCCAGCGGCAAAACAUUCUCACUUGGAAGUCCAAAGGAUUGCAGCCAGGUGUCUUGGGCUUUUUGGAUUGUUAGAUAAAAAGCCAAGCCAGGAACUAGUAAAGCAGUUAAAGCUUUCAUUUAUUAAGGGACCAGCUCCAAUUAGCAUAGUUGCUUGCAAGGCAUUAUUUGAUCUUGGAAUGUGGCAUAAUCCUCAGGAAGUUGAUAGGGUGACAGGCCUGGACAUUUCGACAAAAGUUCAAGAGUAUGAUAUAACUUCUAGUCCUUUAAACCUUUCUGAUACAGAUGGGAUAUCGAACAUUAAGUUGCUUGAUCUUUUGUACGCUGGAAUUAUGAAAGAUGAUUGGGACAAUUCUCUAGCAAGUGAUGAAAAUGAAUCUGUUCAUUCCGCUCUUGGUGAGGGGUUUGCAAAAAUUCUUCUUCUAAGUGAGAACUACCAAGGCAUGCCUGCUUCUUUAUGUCCUUUGCUUUUAUCGAAGCUCAUUACCCUGUACUUCAGCAACGAAUCUAAAAACUUGCAGAGGUUGAAACAGUGCUUAUCUGUGUUCUUUGAGAAUUACCCUUCCCUUGCAGCUAAUCACAAGAAGUGUAUAGCCAAGGCUUUCAUUCCAGUCAUGCGUUCUAUGUGGCCGGGUAUCAAUGGCACUGCUGGAGGUUCUGCUUCCGUGGUUUCUAAUAUGCGUAAGCGUGCAGUCCAAGUAUCACGUUUUAUGCUGCACAUCAUGCAGGCUCCCUUAUAUAAAAAUAGGGCAGAGGAACAAAAUGAUACCGGGGAACUUCCAGAAGUGAUAGAAGAACCUCCACUGGAGUAUGGUGAGGAGGGGCUUGCCAUACGCAUAGCUGCAGAGGUUGCUACUUUCCGUUCAAAGAAGACACCUGCAGAGAAGGCAUAUGUGUCAGCAUUAUGCAGAGUACUUGUCAUGCUCCAUUUCCGGUUAUCAGAGCAAGAGGCAAUCCAGUUAAUGAGGAGGCUUUUAAUUCGUGUGGUAGAAUCUGCAUCAGCAGAGAAGGAUCUUCUCAAAGAGUUAAGGCAAAUGGCUGACCAUCUCAAGGCACAAGAUAGGUAUCCAGAUCAGGAAAUGUCGAAAGAUCAAGCUAAUCUUAUAUUUGGUAAGUUAGAACUAGGCUUCAACUUGGAUUUCAAUGUUUCUGUUGAAAUGCCGCAGACCCCAGCUCCUCGCUCCACUAAGCCAACCCGUUCUAGAAAACGAGUGACACUUGAAGAGUCAUCUUCCGAUGAUGAAGAUAGCUCACCCACCUCCGUUGUCGCUAAUAAUCUUGGCACAAUAAGCGCUCGCUCACAGAGAGCAAGCAAGACCGCAGCACUAUCAAAGAUGACUGCUAAUGAAGCCUUGAAGAUCGACGAAGAUGAUGAAGAGGAAGAGGGCUCGGAGGUUACAUCUGAUGAAGAUGGAUCUGAUUAGUUACUUAAUUCAACGGGUUUGCAUGUUAUAUUUCUCCACUAAUGCAAUGAUCAUUGCUUGAAGAAUGUAUUUUGUAUAGUUAUGAUCAUGGGAGUUCUAAGAUUCGCGUUACUCUGGUUGUUUAACGAUUCACAAUGUAAUAUAUAGGCUGGUCAUGAAUUUUUAUUAUGAAUUUGUGUCGAAAUCCCGGCCUUGUUUCGUAUGGAUGAUUCGAUUGGAAUGGACAAAUUACUAUUUUCAACA